AUGGAGGCGGAGGAGCGACGGGAGCUGUGCUUCCCGCAGCUGGGCAACCUCUCCUGCCGGAAGCCCCCCCCCGCCGGCGUCCUCCCGCAACUGCUGCUGUACGCGCUGUGCGCGCUCACCGUGCUGCUCAACCUGCUGGUGAUCGCGGCCAUCUCCCACUUCAGGCGCCUGCGCACCCCCACCAACCUGCUGCUGCUGUCGCUGGCCGUCUGCGACCUCCUGGUGGGCCUGCUGGUGUGGCCCGGCGAGAUCUACAUGAGCGGCGGCUGCUGGGCUUUGGGCGCCGCCGCCUGCUCCUGCUACCACCUGGCGUCCUUCGCGGUCACGUCGGCCUCGGUGGGCCACGUGGCGCUGAUCUCGGCCGAGCGCUACGUGGCCGUUUGCGACCCCCUGCGCUACGGCGUCAGAGUGACCGUCAAAAGAAUCGGAGGCUGCGUUUGUCUCUGCUGGCUUUUGUCCUUCCUCUACUGCUGCGCGCUUCUGGGGGAGCCCCUGGCUCGCCCGCAUGAGCGCGGCUCGUGCCGCGGCGAGUGCGUGAUGGCCGUCGACGUCGACGCCGGCCUUGUCGAUCUGAUGGUGAUUUUCGUCCUUCCCCUGUGCGUCAUCGUCAGCCUGUACGUCAGGGUGUUUGCGGCGGCCGCCUCCCAGGCGCGGGCCCUGCGCUGGCGCCUGGCGGGCGGCGCCAAGCGAUCCGAGUUGAAGGCGGCCCGCACGCUGGGGGUCCUGGUGCUGGUCUUCCUCCUUUGCUAUUGUCCCUUCUACAUCGUAGCUCUGGUGGGCGAUUUGGGCUUUUCGUCGGCGGCACAAUACGCUCUCUACCUGCUGGAUUUCAACUCUUGCGUCAACCCGCUCAUCUACGCCUUGUUCUACCCGUGGUUUCGGAGGGCCGUCUGGCACAUUGUCACUCUGCGCGUCUUGCGGCCCGGCUCCCGCGGGGCCCACGUCCUGUAGGCGCCGCGCUCCUCGCCGCCAUUUCCUUUUCCCGCGCUUACGCGGGUGC